AAAGAGCUAGCAACUGAUGAAGAGUGUCCUAAAAUGUGUGCUUACAAGUUGGUGACUAUCAAAUUUAAAUGGUGGGGACUGCAGAACAAAGUUGAAAACUUUAUACAAAAGCAAGAAAAAAGGAUAUUUACCAACUUUCAUCGCCAGUUGUUCUGUUGGAUUGACAAGUGGAUUGAUCUGACUAUGGAAGACAUUAGGAGAAUGGAGGAUGAAACCCAAAGGGAGCUGGAAGCAUUACGUAAUCAAGGCCAAGUCAGAGGAACAAGUGCUGCCAAUGAUGAAUGAUGAUGGAUUUAACCGUCACAUGCAGUGUUGAUAUACAAAUGUGUGUGUGGAUGCAUGAUUAUUUGUAUAUAAUUAUAUAUACGCACAUGCAUACUGAAGGGGGUUGUUACAGUGUCUCCAGGGUACUAUACCUGUCCUCAGCAAAGAGUCAAAGGAAACUGCUUUCAUUAUGUAUACCUGAAGCAAAUAAAAAUCAACUGAGUAGUGUCAUUUAAAGGAUGAAUUAACUGCAGAAUUAUGCUAACUGGUAUGUUUCAUGAAUGUCAAUACUGGACCAAUUUAUUCCCUACUUGUUUUUUUCCUGUCUUGAGUCACUCUGCUAUAACUUGCCCAUAUCUCAUUGUAAAGAAACAGAUUCAAAUAAGUUAAUUUCAGUUUUGUGUCUUCCCUAUGUGAUUAUUUUUGGAAUAGGAACAACGAAUGUAUUUAUAGCUAUUUAUUUCUGGAUUGUCAUUAUCCUAUAGUCAAAUCAGAAAAAAGUUUCUAUUAGUGGAAAUUGGAAGACUUUUACUGUUGAAUAUGUUUAACCCAAACUUUACCCAUUCACUGAUUUAAAAGGAAAAAAACCAUGUUUUAUUGGACUUUUGUACAUUGAAAUGCUAAUGUUUUUUCUUCAUUAAAAUUGGCAAGAUUAAGGAAAAA